UCUUCCCAGCGCCACAGAGAGAAGAGAGUUCUCUUGUGGAGCAGCAGGAGGAGGAGAGGGCGCCGCGCAAAGGACUACUCCGCUCGGAUUUGGCACAAAAGUUGACCCGGGCGAAAGCGCACGAGUCCGUUGGGAAACCAUGAAGCGUCCCUAGUGUGUGUGUGAGAGAGAGAGUGUGUGUGUGAGUGUGUGUGUGUGUGUGUGUGUGUGUGUGUGGUUUUUAAUUUUUUUAUUCCGGCGAACAGCAAGGAGGGGAGCCGUGAAGCGGAGUGCUGGAGCCAGUUUCUCCGACGCGCUCAGCAGAGAAAGACCGGAGCAGAAGUUUGUGCAGGAUGCAGGAGCUUUCGACCACCGACCUCCCUGCCUCCUCUCUGCAGUACCAGUGUGGCUCAGGGGACUUCCUGUGUUCGCCACAGCUGGUUACGAAAGGUCCGACCCCCAGACCAUGUCACGACAGGCCUGCCAUCAAGCCCCGGCCCCCUGCCUCCGCCUCACCCCGGCCGCCGACCGCACAGAAACCUCAAGUUCCCCCUAAACCCGCGCACCUGCUCGCCCUUGGGCAAGACAAGAAACCGAAGAGGAUCCCCCCAGCGCCCUCCAGGCCUUUGCCGGCACCCCCUCCUCCACCUAAACCAAAGCCGACCCUAGCGCCUCCUGGCCCGGGAGCGCAGCCACAGAGAGAGGCCCAGAAGGUGGGGCUGCUCAUCGAGAGGUUCGAGAAUUCAAAGGUUCCCAUCCUGGGGGUGCUCCCACGGACCCAACUUCACCUGUGUCUAAGAAUGGACACUGUGACCGACACCACUUCCUCCUGCGGCCAGGACUCAACAGUGAAGGUCGCGGGAGAUUCCUCCUCCACUGUGGACAAACCUGCACUUUGCAACUCCGAGCGGACUCACGAGGUGUCUGAACUUUCCUGUCUGGCUUCCAUGCACAUCGACGGCUCCGACGAUGUCGCGCUGGACGACUGCGUGGAGGAAGACAUCACACACGGCAUCGGUUGCCUUGGCGACGUGGAGCGGGAGGAAGGCUCCUCCCACGAGCUCCUGGACAAUCCGGACUCUUCGGAGCAGAACGGGAAGAUUCCCAACCGGGACAGUGGCAUCGACAGCCCGUCGUGCACGGCAGACGGGGAGGCGUUCCCCAACGAGGACGCCAUUGACGAGGAGGAUCAUUACGACAGCGUCACUGAAACGGAAAGUGUGUCCUGCUGCGUUACCCUGGGCAACAAGCGAGACUCAACGCAGGAUGAGGAUAGUGACUUGGACGAGGGAAGCAGUGGGGAGAUGCACCCUCUGACAGAUACACAGACUGGGUAUCUAGCAGAUACAACCUCAGAGGCGCACAAAUGCUCAGAGGCUCAGAGGCUCCUGAACAUCGCCAGAGAGCUCCUCCACACUGAAGAGGCCUACGUCAAACGGCUCAACCUCCUCGACCAGGUAUUUUGCACUAAGCUCACAGAGGCUGGAAUCCCUCAGGACGUCAUUACAGGGAUCUUCUCCAACAUCUCCUCCAUCUACUGCUUCCAUGACAAGUUCCUGCUGCCUGAGCUCAAGACACGUAUUACUGGAGAGUGGGACUCCAACCCUCGUAUUGGAGACAUCCUCCAGAAACUGGCUCCGUUCAUGAAGAUGUACGGGGAAUAUGUGAAGAACUUUGAUCGAGCAAUGGACCUGGUGAACACCUGGACGCAGCGGUCUUCGCAGUUCAAGAGUGUUGUCCAGAAUAUACAGAAACAGGAUGUUUGUGGGAACCUGACGCUGCAGCACCACAUGCUGGAACCGGUCCAGAGGAUUCCUCGCUACGAGCUGUUGCUCAAAGACUACCUGAAAAAGCUGCCCGACGACGCUCUCGACCGAAAAGACGCAGAGAAGGCAGUGGAGCUCAUCUCUACUGCAGCUAACCACUCCAAUGCUGCAAUCAGGAAAAUGGAGAAGAUGAACAAGCUGCUGGAGGUUUACGAGCGGCUCGGCGGAGAGGAGGACAUCGUUAACCCAGCCAACGAGCUCAUCAAAGAGGGACACAUCAAGAAGAUGUCGGCCAAAAACGGAACAGCACAAGAUAGAUACCUCUACUUGUUCAACAACAUGGUGCUAUACUGCGUGCCCAAACUCAGACUGAUGGGACAGAAGUUCAGCGUCAGAGAGAGGAUUGACAUCGCUGGCAUGGAGGUGCAGGAGAACGUGAAGCAGAACCUUCCUCACACCUUCGCCAUCAUCGGCAAGCAGCGAUCACUGGAGCUGCAGGCCAGGACAGCUGAAGAGAAGGAAGACUGGAUUCAGGUGAUCCUGGCCACCAUUGAAAGGCACAAACAGAACAGCGAAACAUUCAACAAAGCUUUCAACAGCUCCUUCUCUCGAGAGGACGACCAUCCCCCCGAGUCACCGGGUCCCUGGUGCAGCCCAGGCAUGGACUCGGACAAUGAGCGACAGCAUGAGAGGAAGAGUUCCAGGAAAAAGGAGAAAGAGAAGCAAACAUGUAAAGGCUGCAACGAGAGCUUCAAUUUCACCAAGCGCAAACAUCACUGCAAGUCCUGCGGAGCGGCCAUCUGUGCAAAGUGUUCAAAGACCCUGGACAACAAAACGAGCCGAGUGUGCCCGGAGUGUUUCGAAGCCAGCCUCAGUCUGGAGACUCUCGGCGUCAGUGAACAGAAAAGGAAAGCUGCGCCUGAGAGACAGACAUCUCUCACCGGGGAGAACUGUUUGCUGUGUGGCCACCUCCAAGUGCAGGACAAGGGGAAGAGCUGGAGCAAGAUGUGGGUGGCCGUCACCAAGGCUGAGCCACUGGUGCUGUACUUGCAGAGCAGCGGACAGGACUCUAAAGGGGCGCGGGCGGUGCCUCUUCCUGGGUUCGAGGUGAGCGCGACGCCGCCAUCAGCGGCCGAAAAGGCGGAGGUCAAACACGCAAUCCGCCUCAGUCACACCCAUCAAACUUUGCUCUUAAGUGCCCAAGAUGCAGAGGUUCAGGCCAAGUGGAUGGACGUCCUCUCCAGAGCUGCCCGCGGAGAAACACCCGCAGAUCCAUCGACGAGCCUGACUGAACACAGGAAGAGCCAGUAGUGGCCAUGUCGGAGCCAAAGGACUCGUGCCCACUCCCUCCCUCCCUCCCUCUCCUGUGUAUAGAGCACACAUUACUUGAAUUCACUUUACCUUGGCACUUUUUGUUUUUGUUUUGUUUAGUUUUUUCCCUUUCGAAAGGACCACUCCUCCACAGGGCCACUUCAAUCUUUCUUUCAUGGACACACGGCUACUUCCAUCUUCCUGUCCCUCUCAGUAGAAGGACCAUGUUAUCAUGCCACCAACGCCACUGUAUGUACAUGUAUGGGUUGUUAGGAUAUUUUAUUUCUCUCAGUGUUUUCAGCAGCGUGGAGAGAAUCUAUGAAGAACUCAUGUUUUAUUUGUAAUAUAGCUGAAUAAGGUUCCUGUAUGAUUUUUUAAUAAUGAUGAAGUUCCUUUGUACAUUAUGCGAUUGUGUUGUGAAAAGCAUUAACUAGUGUGUGCGUGUGUGUGUGUGUGUGCGUGUGCUCGUGUGUGCGUGUGCGUGUGUGUGCUCGUGUGCGUGUGCAUGUGUGUGUGUGCGUGUGCGUGUGUGUGUGUGUGAGCCCACUCCCAUGUUUAUUAAGUAUUGAAUGUCAGUGUAAGAAACCUGCGCCACCUCUCUGUUCUCUUCAGUCCUGUUCGGGGACACAGUGGCAGAUCGGUGGGUCUUGUACAGUAUGUAUACUAUAGUGUGAUGGAAGGAAACAACGAAAUGAAAGACAUUUUAACUUAAAAAAAUUAAGAAAAUCCAUAGCACAGAGAUGUGUAAACUUGUGGCUGGCCACCUGAUGCUCCCACUGUCAGCUCCCAUCUUCCCCAUACUCCUCUCUCCUGUAUUAGUGAUAACGCUCCCUCUCGUCGUUGUCUUUGGACACUGAGGCGUCUGAUCCGAGGCUGAUCGACCACAUUUCCACUCUCAUUAUUGGGACUUGUCCGGAGGAGAGUACACUGCAGAAUGGGAUCGAGGGGGCCUCAAGUCUGAGCCUCUGCUGCAGGUUCAGAAACAAAUCAAUAAAUAAAUCUUUUCCAUGUAGUUCUCUCUCUCUCUCUCUCUCUCUCUCUCUCUCUCAGCAUAGCAACCGUCUGUCUGCUUCUCUCCCUUUGGUGAUGUGAUGGAAACCAAGUACUGUACUGUAAAACUGUUUAUUCUGCCUUGCCCUCCCCCCCAACAACCCUGCUCCUAUCAGUACCAGCCUUUUUACGCAAAAAUAAUCUCGUCAUUGGAUCUCUUUGUGCAUGUGAAAUCACUCAUAUUUAUGUACCGUGCUUUGAAAUCUUGCCCCUUUCCCCCUUUUUUAUGCUCCAGAAUUCAUUCUCGUUGUACUGUUAAGUGAGCAGAGUGUUUUAAACUUGGAUUGUGCACAGUGGAAAAGCAGUCGAGCAUAUCUUCAAUAAACAGAUGUUGUGGUUCCUCCAGUACCACGCUGUCCGA